AUGACCAUGAUGAUCUCUUUGUUCUCGGUGACUGUCGCUCAAUACUACUCUCCGCCAGCAGAUGCAGCACUCACUGUCAACGUGGAUGCUCUCUUUCGAUACACUACCUCAAGAAAUCAAAAGGUCAUCACGCAAGCUGUCGAUUUUGUCAUUUCGAUGCAGAAUGCACCAACAUGUACUCGCAUGGCCGCUUCACAUUUGAUGAGUGAAUGCAAGCUUCUCGAGAAUGCACCUGACUUCGCCAAAUCUCGGCCGGAGGCAUACUUGGACAACGUCAAGACGGAGUACGCUGCUAAGCUGGCUGUAUGCGAGCUACUCAGUGCUCAGCCGAGCAACCCCAUCCCGCCUCUACACUGUGAAAUCCUUGUCCCGACCUCGAAGGCCUGCAGUACGGGCGGAAGUUGGUGGCAUGCCAAAGCAGAGGUCUCGAGCGACAAACAGUGCUAUCCAGAAUUCAAGGAUUUUCAAUACACGCAAUGUCUGAAAACUCUGCAAUCAACACCGCAGUUUUGGACGUCCUUCAGCAAUGCUCGACAGAAUGCUGUAAUUAUGUGCCAAGCUAGUAGGGACGCCAUAGAACGAGAGAACCACUUAGAGAUGUUUAAGAACUUGACGCAAGUUCUCGGCGUUGUGACAUCGACCAUGCAAAAGACAACGGAAGACUAUGACACUUUGAUCAAAGAACAGUCCCGCUUCUCUAGAGAGACUCAGGAGUCUCACAUCCAGCUGCAGGAGAACAUCCGCGCAAUGCAAGAAAAGGCUGUGACAACUGUUGGAGCACUCGACGAGAAGUUUCACAAUUUCAUGGACGUUUCGAUCUCCGAGCUCAUCACUGCCUUGGCUGAGAGCCAGACCGCCGAAAUAGCACAGAUUCACGAGAAGAUGCAAGAUUUCUCACAGGAUCUCAUGGUGGAAAGUUCCCAGCUUGCCAAGUUGUUUGCUGGAGAACUACAGCAGUAUCACGAGCGUGCGUUGUACAGUCUACACACCAACCAUCAAGCGCAAGUGGAAAGCUACAAUACUUUGUCGGGCCACAUGACUGCCGUACAGGAUACCGUCAACCAAACCAGCGACAUUGCCAACUCAUCUCUUGCCAAGAUCUACAGUAUCGCGGAGAGGCUGGACAUUUUCGAGAGCCAGACAGAACAUAUUGCAGAAGGCUUUGCCUUUCUGAGUGCUAUACCUGGGCUGGCCACACUCCUGGUCCGUAGAUGUGUAAUUACUCUCGCCAUACUUUUCCUCCUUGCCACACUCUAUAAAUUGAAUGCAAAGGUUGCGACAUAUGUUGCGGGUGCAUCCAGCUCAGCAUUCUUCCUUCAUACCUGCGGCAUAUUCGACUGGCUCGGCACCUUUCCUUCUCGCGUCUCAGACUUGAAUGCUCAGCGUUCCUUUCCAUCCGCAAUCACCCUGACAUCUGCACAAAAGGGUGCCGGCAUCGUCCUCUUGCUGUGGCUGAGUGCCUACCCUGUCGCUUGUGUCAACUCAUAUAUUGGAUCCGUCCUAACGGUUCUGCUUCGACGGAUCUUCAGUCCAUUGUGGUUCCGUCAGUACCACAACCAAGGCGGUACGGGCACGCUCCCUCGGAUCGAGAUUCCUCAAUCGCCAGUCGGCCACCAGUACGACAAACACGGCGAGUCUGACUUUGAUUACGUUGAAAGGCCUGGGGCUGCAAAGACUGGCUUAAUCGCGGUGUGA